UUCUGCUAAUGACACUAUCUCGUAAUUGUACCAUGCUCGGCUGCAAUUUUUUACUCUUAAAACCCAAAAACAGCUAAAACAACCAAAUUAAGGAGAGUAUUGUUUACAAAAUCUUGUAAAGACUAAAGGACCGACUGUAAUUAAACAUCUGUGCCAAAAUGGAUUGUUGUAACUUUUGUUCAAGAAAACAUAAAACGUUUAAAAUCUCCGAAUAUGUCUUCUCAUAUGAAGGUCGAAGCGUACCGACUAAAACACUACUUCAGAUAUUUCCCCCUGACAUUCAAGAAAUUAUUACAGGUCCAUGCAGUCUAAUUUGUCCUUCAUGUAUAAAACAAUUGCAUGAUUACUAUGGUUUUAUACAACAAAUCCGACAGACUUUUUUAACAAUGAAUGCCAAUAAAUCGGAGUCAAAUUCUAGCAAGGCGAGAAAAUGUGCAUUUGUUGACAGUAUGGAGUGUUCUGUUGAAUAUAAUAGGCCUUGUAACCAAUUUUACCAACCAACGACCUUUAAACCAAUUCUACCAAAAACAGAACAUCGUAGAGCGCACAUAGAGAUUGACAACAGCGCCAGCAGAACAUCUCAUUCCCGUCUAUACAAGUGUUUAGAAUGUGCUGAAAGUUUUAAAUCUUUUAAACACUUGCGCCAACACGAAUUUGGGUUUUGUAACAUUUUUAACAUAAACGGAGUCUUUGCAUGUAAAUAUUGUCAUUUGUGUUUUAAAGCGGCAACCAGUUUGGCAAAUCAUGAAAGCAGCCAACAUCCAGAGCAACAGUUUUUGUGCUGCCUGUGUGAGGACAAAUUAUUUACCUCCAAGGGCUAUCUGACCAGACAUAUUCAAAAGACACAUAAUCAUUCAUUUCUACAAUACUUUUGUGGAGAAUGUGAUGAAGCGAUGAUUAUGACCACAAAAAAUGAUGUAAAGAAACAUUUUGAAUCUAGUCAUACUGGUCAGAAGUGUAGUAACGAGGCGCCGGCUCAUGCUCUGGAAAAUGAGGACGAAGGUGACAUGGAUUUGGAAAUGCAUGAAGAAUUUUUAGAUGAAUUCCUCUUAGCGCACUCAAACGAAAAUUCCUUCCAAUUCUCGGAAUGUUGGGAGGCAUUAGAUUUACAUUUGACUGACAUGCUGCACGCUCAAACUACACAUUCUCAUAACGGCGAAACCCACACUCAAGCUUUUCAAUGCCCCAAAUGUUUUGAACCAUUUCAAAACCCUCAACCUUUACUCCAACACUUGGCCGAGAGUCACAACAUAAGUGUCUUCUUAUGCCAGAUAUGCCAGCAGACAUUUCCUACUUCCAACGAUUUUAAAUUGCAUAAAAGAAGCAUUUGCAGUAAAAGCACUUCAGCUACUUGCGUAAAUUGUCCUUUUUGUGGCAAGGCAUUUAGUUCUACUUUAAAACUGAAACAACAUUUGCGCAUAGUCCAUACUCAAAACAAGAAACACAUAUGCCAACUUUGCGACAAACAAUUCUCUACACUAGAUCAUCUGAAAAAACAUGUUCUUAGUCAACACCAGAAUGAACGUAAACACAUAUGUCAUAUUUGCUCUAAGAGUUUUUCGCAGUCAUGUCAUCUAAAACAACACUUGGCUAUUCAUACCAUCGGCAAAACUAUAAAAUGUACAGAAUGUCCCGAAAGAUUUUGGAGAAAUAUUGACUUGUACAGGCACCGGAAACAGCAUGUUUCAUAAUAUGUUGAUGUACCAGAUAUUAAUGCUUAAUAAAAUGUGAAGAUUUA